UAGUGUAUCCUUGAAGGACAACAUAAAUUUUUGGUUGUUAGUUUAGUGCAGGAAUAAACUCUCAAUGGAAAUUCAAUUAAACACACCACCGUAGACUUGGAGUUUACAGCGAAGACUUGUUUCUCUUUCUCUACAUUUCCUCCAUUAUUCAACAUCGAUCCAUCACUAAACCUCAAACACACAUGGAUUCCGUUCUUCAAGCUGGUGUUGUAUCGGCGCCGCUGCAAGUCUUAAUUGACAAGUUUUCGAGCUUUGCUGUGCGAGAGGCGAGCGUAAUAUUAGGCGGCGAUGACGAAUUCCGGAAGCUGCAACGAACACUUGAAAGGAUCAGAGCAAUGGUUGGCCGUGUAGAAGAAAGUCGCUCCCUUUUCUCCAACACCAUCAGCGGUAAGGCGUGGAAGAUGUGGCUACAACACGUGGACGCGCUCUCCUACUCUGCCGAUGAUCUGCUCGACGGAAUUUCUCUGGAUCUCGCAAAGCACGCUGCCAAUCGAGACCAAUUGCAGGUACCCGACAUCAUCCUUUCACCUUUCAACUUGACCCUACCUCGUCAAUUGAGUAAAAUUAGGGGAGAAUUGGACGAGAUUGCCCAUGAAAUGGAUGUACUUUAUAAGACCGAAUUCACAAAAUUGGGCUGUGCCUAUGAAUGUAGGCCAGCUUACAAUGGUGUUACAAGCUCUUUGGUGGAUGAGGGGUCUGUGAUUGGGCGCGAUGGGGAUAAGAAUGUGAUUGUUGAAAAGCUAUUGGAUGAGGGUUUGAGCACAAGUAGAGUUUCUGUGGUUUCCAUAAUUGGCAUGGGUGGGAUUGGGAAGACCACUCUUGCUCAACUUGCUUACAAUGACAACAGAGUUGUUGAUAAGUUUGAUCUGAAGAUGUGGGCUUCUUUGUCAAUGGGUUUCGACACCGUUUCCAUCACAGAGUCGAUCAUAGAGUCUGCGUCGGGGGAAAACUGCAUCUUGUCCUACCUUGAUCCUCUUCAACUUAAACUUCAGGAGUUGAUUCGUGACAAGAGGUUUUUACUUGUGUUGGAUGAUUACUGGAGUGAAGAGUACAGAGAUUGGGAUAUUUUGUCUUCUCCUUUCAGAGUUGGAGCAUUUGGUAGCAAAAUCUUGUUGACCUCGCGAAGCAUGAUUGUGUCACAAAUUGUAGGAGCAGUUCAUUCACAUUGUGUGGAGACCUUAAGUGAUGACAAUAGUUGGGAACUGCUUAAGCAAAGAGCAACAUCGGCUAGAAAUCUUACAUCUGAAUUUGAACGAAUUGGAAGAGAGAUAGCGAUAAAAUGCAAAGGGCUGCCUUUAGCAGCAAAGACUGUUGGAGGCAUGCUGCACUUCAAAGAUGAUCCAACCGAAUGGAUCUCUAUUCUAAACAGUGAAUGGUGGGACUUGUACAUGAAUGGCAAUGACAUCUUUGCAGCUUUAGCCUUGAGCUAUCAUCAUUUGCCGCCACAUUUGAAAAAAUGUUUUGCUUAUUGUGCUAUGUUUCCAAAGGAUCAUGACUUUGAAGUGAGUGAGUUGGUUUUUCUAUGGAUAGCUGAAGGAUUUGUGCAUCCCACCAGAAAUAUGGGGAUAGAAGAUCUUGGCUAUGACUACUUCAAGAAUCUACUCCAGAGGUCAUUUUUCCAAUCAUCGGGUGUUAAUGUUCGUGGUGGAGAAGUGUAUAAGAUGCACGAUCUUAUUCACAGCAUGGCUCAAUUAGUCUCAUCCCGUACUUCUUUGCACCUGAAAGAUAGCCAAUCAAAUGAAAAUCUUGAAUUAUUCAAAAACACUCGUCAUUUAUCUUUGGAUUGUCCAAGCAGGCAACCAAGAGUGUUAGAGGGCUACCUUUGGUAUGAGAAUUUGAGAACGCUUAAAGUCAUGUCUGUAUGUGGCGGCAGUAUUGAAGUUUCAUACCUUCUUUUUUUGAAAUUGAAGUCUUUGAGAGUGUUGGAUUUGAGCCGCACAGGCCUUGUUGAGCUGCCUGAGUCCAUUGAGAACUUGAAAUAUCUGCGUUAUCUCAAUCUAUCUGAGAAUGGUGGCUUCACCAGACUGCCUGAGUCGCUUGCCAAUCUUUUUAGUUUACAAAUACUAAAGCUGGAGCAGUGUCCUAAUCUCCAUGAACUGCCAAGAAAUAUGAAGAAAAUGGUUAGUUUGCAGUAUCUUCAUUUGGACAUAAAGCAGCUCAAUGGAAUGCCAUCAGAGUUGGGAAAGUUGGUCAAUCUUCAAACUCUACCUGCAUUUAUUGUGGGAAGAACUGAAGGUCAUGGAAUUCAAGAGCUUAAGAACAUGAAGUUCUUGAGAGGAUGUCUUUCUAUCAAGAAUCUUGACAAUGUGCCAACUGUGGACGAGGCCAAGCAAGCUAUGCUGCUCACGAAACCAUUUCUUGAUCGGCUUGAAUUUGAAUGGAAUGGAUGUGGAGACAGUAACCAUCAUGAACAAAUUCUUCAUGGUCUUCAACCACAUGAAAAUUUGAAGGAGCUACUACUCACCAACUAUAAUGGUUUUUCAUUGCCGGGUUGGUUUAGUAGUCCCCUCUGCAAGCUUUUAAGUAUCAACUUGCAGAGUUGCAACUACUGCCACAUUCUUACCCCUCUUGCAAAGCUUCGAUAUUUGAAAUCUCUUACGAUCGAUGACAUGGCUAAUUGGUCUCAAGUUAACCAAGACUUUUCUGGUUUUCAAUCGUUGGAGUAUCUCGCAAUGAAGAACAUUCCAAAUUUGGUUUCAUGGUGUAUGUUCCGUGGCAGCCGGUUCCCUCACCUUCACACCCUUCACAUUAAUGAUUGUCCGAUGCUUACCAAUCUGCCGUCGCUUAAGUGACAAUUUCAGACAGUGGUCUUCUCACAGAUAGAUGCAGAGUACAAGAAGGUGCAGAUUGGCAUAUGAUUAGAUCAGUUCCAAAGAUAGUUAUUGACUAUGUGGAGAUCGAUUGGGCCGAGAGAAGCUUUUAGAAAAAAAUUGAUGCACAUUUUUUUAUUGCAUUUCUAGUUUUUAAGCAAAUGUUAUAGUUUCA